AUGCUCUAUUACUUCGAGAAAGCGUGGAACGUGGCAAAUCAUAAAGCGAUCUCAACAAACUUCUCAGCGAUGGAACAGUCAGCCAAAGCUGAAUUGAAUCUGCUUCUACAUUCGCCCUGCUCACCAACGGAAACUCUUAUGGAUUAUCACGUCAAUCGUCCGUUGAAAAAUUGGCUAGCGAACUGGGUUUUCGAGGGGGUGGGUGACUUGAUGGCCGACGUCAAGGCCUGGAUCGCCUCCAAUAUUGGAACGUCUUCGCCUGUGGAAUUCGACUGA